AUGGAACGGGUCUAUACAGGGAAGAUACAGCGCUACUCUACGACGGAAGUGGAAGACAACCUUCGACGUCUCCUACAGAAGCCGCCUGCUUACCCUAUUCCCAUCUACCGGCAGUCUUCUCGGUCCGUGGCGCAACCUACCGGCGUAGAUCCGUUCCAUAUAGUCCUCUGCAGCAACAGCGACGUCAAUCACCGUUGCUCCUGCAUCAUUACAGAGGAUAAGGUCAGGCUCACAGAAGGUGUUGCCUUCCGGGAUGUGGGGCCCUAG